CUGGACAGAGAAUGGAGCUUGAAGAAAUUGUCUACCUCGAUAGAUGCAUAUCUUAUCGGAAUCUUUAGAUAGGCAGUUAGGUGGGAAAGGCGCCAAUCAAAGCGGCAGCGCAUUUUUUAAGCUGCGCUACGUGGGUAGUCAAGAGUCACCAUGAUUAAUUGAGUGCCGCUUAACGCGCCUUGAUGUCGCAGUAGUGCAAUAUUUUUUCAUCCUCAGCCUUUAUUCUCGUACUUCUGAGAAAUCGUCUCCAUUAGGACAGCACCACCCCAUACACGUAACGUAGCGGCUACGUUUGUUUCAUGCGUCAUCGUUUUUGCCAUGCUCCAGCUAGGUCGCCAUAGACUGUGCCGCCUCACUAAUCCCCAUGUCUGCGCCCGAUGCCUGGCGACAGCUCGUCCGGCCUCUAUUGUCUCCCGGCGACUUCUCGUUGCUAGCCACCAUGUCCGCCCUCUCAGCACCACGCUCGCCUACCGAGAGGCUGCAACCUCGGAACCAAAGCCUGAAGCAACGCCUGAAGCGAACCCCGCCAGCCCAAGUCCAGCAACCGAUGUAGAAGCCAAGACUGCUGACCCUUCCGCGCCUCCUGCCAAGAAGAAGAAAAAGAAGCUGAGCAAGGAGAGUGGAAAGGGAAAAUCUGCGCCGGACCCCGAGACCCAACGCCAAUUGAAGGUCCUCCAGGGUGCGCUUGUGGCCUUGAAGAAUGUGCUCUCAACGCAAGGUGUCGACGUUAGCCAAAUACCGACUACGCACGCAGAUUCAACUCCACUAGCCCUUCCUUCAGAAGAGACUAAAUCCAAAGCGAAGCCUAAAGUCAAAUCUAGGUCGAAGUCUAAAGCCGAGAAAAAAGCCGACAAGUCAGAAGCCGCUCCAAGUGAAACGACACAGCUUGAUACACAACCCGUGGAAUCGCCGGCAGCAGAGUCAAAAGUCGCGCAGACAGAAAGACCAUCCAGAAGAGAGCGCAGAAGAAAACAGCAAAAGGAGAAUAAAGAUGUAAAGAGAAAGCCGAAGAGUAGUCACCGGGUCGGGCCAGCAGGGGACUUGGAUGCUGUCCGUAGUAUUCUACAAAAGGAUAUGGCAGGUGAAGCCUACGUAAUAAGGCAUGUGGCUCCAGGCACAUCAUCCAAGAAAAAGGCAGCACCACAUGGAGGCAAGAAGAAAGACUGGACAAAAUCGGUUGCUACAGGGAACGUACUGCCCGACAAAGUGCACACCGCCGAAUUGUCACUUGUUCCAAUUGAAACUGUCCAACCAGAUGUCCCAUCACUCUCAUAUGGACUGGAGAGGGUUCUCUUCAAUUCUGGGGUCUACCAGCUCCAAGAUCCUCGCUCCCGAGUAUAUAAUUUCGACCCUUACCUAUCGGAAAUCAUGCCUGUUAAAGAGUUUGACUUCAAUGCACUGAAGCAGUAUGUGACUUCGUCGAAGGAUACAACGCUUAUCUCGAUUGCAAAGCAGAACCAAAAGAAAUAUACUGGGUCAACGUCCAGCAUGACCUCCAUGCUUGCCCAUUUUCAUUUUCUCCUCUCUAAAUGGCGAAACAUCAAUGUGUCAAUGCUGUCUAGGGGCUUUGAACCCGAAUCUUUUCAGUACACUCAAAUCAUGAGAGCGCCCGCGGCAACCUUUUUGCAUUGGAAAGAUGGCACAUAUGCCAUUGAUGCAGACAAGGAAUAUGAUACCGCCAAUAUCCUUAGCAUGCUGGGCAAGUCGAUGGAGAAGCUUUUGACGCUCCCUAAAGACGAGUACGAAAGGUAUCGACGUGGAAAUUCGGACCAAAUCACAGAAGAAGAGCGAAAUGCUGAGGAAGCCUUCCACUAUACAGGGUUUCAGGAUUUUAUGAUGCGGUCACAGCUUGAUGCUUAUGAUCCAAGAAUGCCAGGAACAGGCAUGUUUGACCUCAAGACUCGUGCCGUUAUAUCUAUCCGCAUGGACGCUCAAGGUUAUGAGAAGGGCCUCGGCUACGAAAUUCGAAAGCGGUUUGGUCAAUGGGCGUCCUUUGAGCGAGAAUACUACGACAUGAUACGGUCUGCAUUUUUGAAGUAUUCACUACAAGUCCGUAUGGGUCGAAUGGACGGCAUAUUUGUCGCAUUCCACAAUACUCAACGCAUCUUUGGGUUUCAGUACAUUCCUCUCACUGAAAUGGAUUUGUCCCUCCACGGAACCGAUAAUAGAGAACUGGGUGAUCGUGAAUUCAAAGUCAGCUUGAAGCUGUUGAAUGAGCUUCUUGACCGUGCUACCCAGAAAUGGCCUCAGCAAUCUUUGCGUCUCCACUUCGAGACUAGGGCAUCCGCGGAGCAGCCAUAUAUGUAUUUUUUUGCCAAGCCCACUACCCCUGAGGAAAUAGAGGCAGUACAAGGUGCAUCGAAGGCUUCUGUAGAAGCCUUUGAGAGGAACAUCCUUGGUUUGGUGAAAUCUGCUGAAGAAGAAAUGGAAAUCCAGAGCGGAGUUGACGACGGGAACAAAGAUGACUUGAGCAGAGUUGACCCUCCUGCCGCUGAAGAAACAGAUAGUUAUGCCAUCUGGCAAGAAGCCCGACAGAUGGUCGAAGAAGCAAUGGGAGAUGAUGAACAUGGAGUCGGACUGGUACGAGAAGCCAUCGGGGAUGCACUUGAGGAAAGUGGUAUUCUCCGUGCUAGGUCUCUAAUAGAAUCGCGCGAAUACGUCGACACACUCCUUGAGGCUCUGAUUGGACGCACACCAUCGACUCAAGAAUCCGCAAUCACCACUGACCCGAAUGAGGAAGAGACUGUUGACGAAGAUGAACUUGAAGAACAAGCUACCGAGCAGAACGAACACGUAUCGGAUAGCAAUUACUCGCCCACAGAAACACGCUCAGAAAUCACUGAACCAGUAACCCGCAGUUCCGCCUUGAAUCAAGAGAUUGGCCCAGAAGCGGAGCUGGAUUCAGAGGGCCAACCUCUAGAACAUCGAACCACUGGAGACGCAAGUGACUCUGAUACUCGCACUAACUCUGCCGAAUCAGAAGCUCCACUAACACCAGGAGAUAAGUCACAUAUCGAUCAGCCAGUGGAAGAUGUUGAUGAAGUGCAGUCACACGAUUCUCAGACAAGUUCCAACGAUUCCAUUAAAGAAGCAUCCCUGGUGACGUCUGAUGAUACCACUGAUAUAACAAAAGAAACAAAAGAGGAUGGGUCGCUUACGAGAAGCCUGAAAAAUGCAGAGGAGGACUAUGAGGAGGUUGAUGACGACGAAGAAACAAGCGAAGCCGAGCUUGAGGAUGACGCUGAGGGAAAGGAAUUCAGUGAAGACAUUGGAUCUUCGACGUUAGAGCCACUGAAGAGUCUCAUCAUGCGUAUGGCGCGAAGGAUUGAUGAACAGGCUGUCUCUGAUACCAACAUCACCAGCUCUCAAGAUGAUGCAUCCAAGCUAAAAGAAUUCGAACGAAUUCUUGGACGGCUUAUCUCACAAUCCAGAAUGGAUCAUGUCGAGGGAGACAGCAAUGGUGAUUUACGCAGUGAAAGCCCCCCCACAGAAUCAAUUUCGUCAGAUAGUGGUGUGACAGGUGCAGCUGUUUCAGAUGAGGCAGCCGACAUUACAGGAACCCAGAAUGAAGAUAUACAAGGACUGGCCGACACCAAUCGAGAAACUUCAGAUUCCGAGCUGCUUGCUCUUACGUUAACCAUUAAGAACAGAGUCAACGGCGCAUAUGUAGAUCGACCUCGCGAACUUAGCGAAGAGGAUGAUUGGACUGUUGAAUACGAAAUUGGAGAAGUUGAACAGCGGCGUGCAAAGAUUAUCUACGAUAAGCUUAUGCAAAGGCGCCGUCAAACUCUUGAAACCUCGAACAACAAAGAUCAGGAAUGGUAUCAAAUGUUCAAAGGCAACCUUCCGAAAUUCACCCAACAAGGUCGAGAGUAUAGACAAAAAGAGAUGGAGAGAGCAGAAGGGAAGCCCAUACAUAUGGUCGGCACCAAAGGCCCACUCGAAUGGGCAGAGGUCUUUGGUAGACAGCCUAAGAGUUCACAGAACUCAGACGAUGGGGCCCCAUUGUCCAUCAUGGACGAGCCAGAGUCUCAAGUUGGAGAGAAUAAAGAAGAUACGUCGAGAUAAACAGCAGACACAUUCCUCUGGUUACUCUCGUAGGAGCACAGAAACAACGUAUAUACCUAUUAUUUGUAUACUGGACAAUGCGCUGGCACUUGGGAGUACGCCAGAAGGGAUAUUAUAUCUGUAACAUAGAAUAGUAUGACUGUAUGUACAAACUGCUAGCAUGGGAAACAUGGCGGCACGGUUCACGGUAUACAUAAAAGGGCGAUUAUGUCUCAACUCUUAUAAUUAUGUGUAAUAACAGAUCAAAUAUGGCAUAUUA